AUUUUUUUUUAAAAAAAAAAAAACAUGUUUUCCCCCAUGACAAUAUCCUUUAAGGGGCUAAAUUAUACAUAUGAUUGUUUAGUGGCAAAACCAACAGAUUGCAUUUUUAAUUACAUCAUCCCAUGUGAUUGUAAGCUAUAAUGAGCAGGGCUGUGGCACUCUUCUUGUAUCAGUCAGAUUUUGUGUGUCAUAUGUAUGUUUGAUAUAUAUAGUGAUGUGCGGGGCGCCCCGUGGGUCGGUCAGGUUCGGCCGACCUUGCACCGCCAUUUGUGGGUGGCAGGCACCUCUAGGUCGAGUUCUUCAUCCUGCUCUUCCCGCCACCUUACAUUGCCGGCUUCCACCUUCCACUUUUAUAGCCUGGCAGCUGCUCACCCCGCCCCUUUUUGACAUCAUCGGUGGGGUGGGUCUAUAAAAGGAACCUGGAGGACGGGUUAGGUGCGGGUCUGGUUUAACCCGACCCCCACAUAACUAAUUUUAUAUCUGAUAUGGUGGCCUCUUUAUAAAUGUUUGCUUUAUUGGAAGUUUUAUGUAUAGAUUUAUAAAAUGUCCAUAACUGUUGCAGUUAAGUGUUUCAAAUAUAUAACUUCCUGUAUAUUGCCCAUAGAGGCAUCCUCUUUAACACUGCACAUGCUGUGUACAAAAACCAUCAACCAGUCAUAAAUUGGUUUUGUGAUCCGAACUAUACACAUCAAUUCUAAUUGCUGACUGGUUAUUAUGGACUUCUGCUCUUGAACACAUCUUCAUACAUUAAUGAGCAGCUUGAAUUGAAGGAACCUGUAUUAAGAUAAGAGGAUUAAGCUAACUAGGAUUCAUAUUAGUUGUUGGGCUAAAAUUAGCUCAGAGAACACAUUGAUCUGAAUAGUAUCUGGGCACAGUGCUGGGAGAUUGAGACUCAAUGUUGAAGAGAAGGUCUGUAUGAAAGAGGCCUUUAACCAUCUCCACCUUCUGCUUAUAACAUGAGAUCCUCUACAAAGGAGCCAGGUCCAAGCUACUCGCAUACUCGAGAACGGCUGGUAAAGGCAAUACCUCCUCGUGUCAUUUGCUCUUUGACCUGCGGGGGCCGUGAGUGCCGCUACGAGGGUCCGGAGAGUUGGAGUGAAAAACAGCAGGCUAUCCGGGGACUUUAUUCCUCAUGGAUCACAGAGGAGAUCUUGGCUACGAGCCGUCCCUCCACCCGUCUAAUGAAGGAACACAAAAUCACUGACCAAUUCCACAGGUAUGCUAUACGGUCUGUGAUCAGUGCUCAGCAACCUUGGGAACAUCCUCAUUGUGGGGACUCUCUGGAUCCUCAAAGUGGCUUCUCAUACAGACCUCAGGAUUUCAUGGAUGCCGGCAUUACUUUCUAUAAUUUUGGUCUCCCUGAUUUUGGUGUGGUUCCUGUUCCGAGGAUUCUGGAUGCAGUGAAGGUCAUUGCUUUUGCUCUGAGAGAGGGGAGAGUGGCUAUUCAUUGCCAUGCAGGACUGGGACGAACAGGAGUCCUCAUAGCUUGUUACUUGGUGUAUGCCUGUCGUGUUAGUUCAGCUGAUGCAAUACGAUUUGUUCGUUUGCGUCGCCCUGGCUCCAUACAAACAGCUUCCCAGGUGUCUCGGGUGCAUGACUUUGCUAUGUUUUUGAGCUCUCAGUGGCCUGUCUUCCCUUGCAUACCUCCAUGUAUUUCAAGAUUCACAUUAUCACAGUAUAUGACCUGCCAACGACAUCUCCUUCAUGGGCAGGAGGCUCGGUGUUUCCGUCAUCUUCCAAAGCCUGUGGUAGUAACCUGCCGUAGGUUGGUACAGCUCGCUGGUGGUAGACGAGGAUGUGGAGGGCCCUGGGUUCAGUUGGAGAGGGAAGCUGCACAUAAACUUCUGCACCAGGUUAUUAUAAGAGUGGCCAGGGAACCCUCAAACAUGUCUGAAUUCCAACCUGCCUGUGAGGAUGAUGAAAGUGAAAAGGAGAGAGCAGCAAGGAGAAGAAGAGGAAUGUUGAAGACUCAGAUCAGCUAUGAUACUGGAAUCCUGCAACUGCUGCUCACUGGGAGCACGAUAGUAGAAAAUGGUAGUAGUGGAAUGUGUCAUAAUGAUAUUGUCCAAACAACAUUUCCCAGCUCUGAUGUGAAGCACUCACAAAACACCCAGUCAAGCACAGGAAGCUAUAACACAAAUGGUGGAGACGUGGCUGAGCAAACACCUAUCAUUACUUCCCAACAUACAUUGUGUGUUGCAGAAGCUUUGGCUGAUGUGAAUGAACCAGACAAUGAAAUAAUUCAAAAAGUGCAAAAUCUACAGAGCCUUCUCAAUGAGGAGGGGGCAUGGGCAGCCGUAUCCACAGAGAGUGAUCCCAAAGUUCUUAGCACCCUGCUUUGGGACUGGCUGCAUCAACUCAAGGAGCCUGUGUUAACACUGGAAGAUGUAAACUGUUUUUGUGAUGGAGACUGGAGAGAACAUCUUAAAAAAUUAAACCGGUGUCAGGGAGAGACUCUUUGCUGCCUUCUACAUUGUGUCAGUAAACUCCCCUCUCUACUACCUCAGAUGGAAGAGUUGGUCAUACUAAGACUGGUCAGAGCCCUGACACAGGUGAGUUUUCAAAUGUCACAAAUGCAGACGUCUGUCUGUUUUUACAAGUCCUUGACUGACAACAUCGAUGUUCACCCAAACAGCUUCCUACAAAUGCUCCAAAGUUGCCUUCCAACGUCAUCUCAAGACUGCACACUGUUGUUUCAGAGAUAAGAGUUCAAGGUAUGUCAGCCAUGGGAGUAAGAAGAUAAGUUACCAGAGAACCAACUAAUUCAGCUGAGACUGAGAGGACAGCAUUGAAAGACAUUAAAUACAAAGGGCAGUUUACAUAGAGCAAAGCAGAAAGAAACUGUGCAGAAGCAAUGUAAUGAAUGCAGAACAUUUACUAUGGCAAACCCAUACAAAUAAAUAAAGGGUGCUCUGCUAGCUGUAUAGUGGUGGUUUGUUUCACUGGUUGUUAUUUGAGGCCCUCAGCAUUAGUGAUGAGUGAAAUGCCAAUAGCCACCAAUGUAUUCUGCAUGUAAGAAGUCAACAUAAAAAAAAGUUGCUGUGAAAAAACACCCAUACACUCCCACUGUAUUUUGCACUAGUAAAGUCUCAAAAAAAAAAGUCACCACUAAAAAAAGGCUCAUUGACUUCAAUAUGUUUUGCAUAUUUACCCUAUGUUUCAUGAAUUAGACAGAUUUGCUCAUCACAAGGCAUCCCCUUGCACACCCCCUCCUUGUGCAACAUGCAAAGCUACACUCUGCUGACCUGUGAGUGCCUCUUCUGCACCAUUUAUAGGCAUAUGAUUUACAGGAUAUUUAUGUUUUUUGUGUAUUAUAAAAAUAUAAAUCCUUAUUAAACAUGUAUACCAAAAGCA